AUGAAGACUCAUAAAAAUAUAAUUUUAGAAUAUAAAUUUAUUUUUAUGUUUAAAUAAUUGUUUGAUGAUCUAACUUAAGGAAAAUAUUAUAACACUACUCUAAUUCACUAAGAUUACAUAAGAGUAAAAAAUUUGUGGUUUAAUAAAACACUUGGCCUCUAUUUAGACAGCGAUGAUCUAGAAGUUUUUAGUAUAAACCUGAUUUCGGAUUAUAAACCUUUAUUUUUACUGAAGGUAACAAAAAUGACUACUGGUUUAAUUGUUGUGAAUAUGAUUAAUAAUCAAAAUUUAUGUGAAAUUGAGGGAUAAUGUUAAUUAAAUUAGUUCUAGUGCAAGCAACAUUUGAGUUUUUAGCAAUACUUAAUUAAAGUGAAAUGAAUUCUAUAAAAGAA